GCUUUUUCGUAAGAACAUGGGGGUUCGAGCCCUGAUUGGUAGCCUCACACUUGGGAAGUCUUACCAUCACCAUGCUUUGAGCACCUUCUCAGAAAGUUGCCCAAUAUGGAGUGAUAGGUAGAUCUGGAAAUAGAAUGACAGAGCAAAGACCGCGACAAGUAUGAUUUUCUGUUGGUAAUGAAAACAAAAUGAAUUUCCAUGAUUAGUUUCAGUUAUGUGGAGCUUUUCUGUGGUAGCUGUUAAGGCCCAUUAAGGCCCAUAUUAUUGUCUGCCUAUAUAUAUGCUACAGUACCCACGUGGGUAAUCAUCUCGCCUAAUCAAGGUUAGUCACAUGGUAUCAGAGGAGGUUAGGGUUAGGGUUUAGUCUAAAUCCGGCCCUGAUCCACUUUUUUGGGCGCCGUCGCGCCGUCGCUGUGCUGCCAAUCGCGGCCAGCAUCCUGUCCGCCAUCGCUGUCCCCGUCCUCGAUCCGCCGCCAGGAGAUCCGGCCACCUUCCCUGUUCGCCGCCAGGGGCGUGCGGCCUUCCGCCGCCUGGAUCCGCCGCCUGGCUGUCCGCCGCCAGGGGUGUUCGCCGCCAGGAUCCGCCGCCGCCAGGGCGGAUCUCCCCCAUCUCAGCGCCGUCCGCCGCCUGGAUCCGCCGCCUGGCUGUCCGCGCCAGGGGUGUCCGUCGUCCGCGCUAAUCCAAGGGGCAGGGCGUCUUCCACUGCCAGGGGCAGUGCGCCAGGGGCAGGGCUGCUCCCUCUGCUGCCAGGGGCAGUGCGCCAGGGGCAGGGCUCCCUCUGCUGCCAGGGGCAGUGCGCCAGGGGCGGAUUUCUAUCUCUGCCUGCGCCGUUCUACUGCCUGUGACAAGUUCCGCGGAUCCCCGUCUGCUGUCGUUGCACGCAGGGCUGCAGAUCCGCUGCUCCCACCGGAAAUCUGCACCGACCGCGGAUCUGCGACGUCGCUGCUCCUAGGUCUUUGGUCUCAGGUUUCCUAUUCUCCUUGAUUUUGAUUCAAUUCAAUAUGACGACAAAUGCUAUUGUGGUCAAUAUCACUCUUGAUGGUCAAAAUUAUCCGGAGUGGGCUUUCUGUGUUGAGACUGCACUUCGGGGACAUGGAUUACUCUUUCAUUUGACUGAUGCGGCACCCGUUCUUGCUGAUGAUCGUCGCAAUGCUGCUGAUAUCAAAACAUGGCAGCUUAAUGAUGGUAAAGUGAUGGCUGCUAUGGUGAACAGCGUCAAACCGUCUAUGAUUAUGAGUUUAUCUAAAUUCAAAACUGCUAAAGCCAUCUGGUCUCAUUUGAAGGAGCGUUUUGUUCAGGACAGUGGUGCUUUAUUACACACCCUCAUGCAGCAGACACAUGUUAUUGAGCAAAAUGAUAUGAGUAUUGAUGAGUACUACUCAGCCUUUGAUCGCCUGAUGAGUGCUUUGACAUCAAUGGUGCCUGCUUGUACUACUGAUCCAUGUCCGGCUCAUAAGUUUAUUGAGAAGUUCUUCACUUACAGAUUUGUUAUGGGUGUUCGGGCUGAGUUUGAUUCCCUUCGUGCUCGUUUACUUCAGGGCUCUGACACUCUCACUAUGGCUAAGGCGUUGUCUGAUUUACUUGCUGAAGAGACUCGUCUUAAUUCUCUGUCCUCUACUGGUGGUAAUCCUCACAGUGUGUUGGCUGCUGCCCAGAAACCUAAGAAUAUUUUUAAGCCUUGUGAUCAUUGUGGCAAGACCAAUCAUCGAUCUGAGCUUUGUUUUGUCAAGUUUCCUGAGAACUUGACUGAUUUCCGUGCACGACGUGCUGCUCGUGGUCGUGGUCCAGGACCAUCUACUAGAGGCUCAGUUGCUGUUGCUGCCACUUCGUCCGCUUGUACUUCAUAGUCGGCCUGGGUACUUGAUUCAGGAGCCUCCUUUCAUGCCACAUCUGAUCAAUCAAAGUUGGCUUCUACUACACCAGUCACAGAUGGUGCUUCAGUGCAGACAGCUGAUGGUACUGUAUGCCACAUUACUCAUAAGGGCUCUCUUUCUGAUUCACACUUUACAGUACCUAAUAUUUUCUUUGUUCCUGAGCUAUCUAUGGACCUUCUUUCAGUAGGUCAAAUUACGGAUCAUAAUUGCUUUGUCGGGUUUGAUGACUCAUCUUGUUUUGUACAGGACCUUCGCACAGGGGAAGUGAUUGGGACUGGCCGUCGCCGUAAAGCCGCUCCUCGCCUCUACAUCUUGGACUCUUUGCGGCUUCCUUCCUUGGCUACAUCUCCAGCGCAUGUGCUUCCAGCUACCCUUGCUUCUGUUGCGUCUUUUGCCCAGUGGCAUCAUCGUCUAGGUCAUUUGUGUGGAUCUAGAUUGUCUACUCUAAUAAAGUCAGGUUGCUUAGGUCAUACUUCGGUUGAGUCUGAUUUUCAUUGUAAGGGUUGUCAUCUUGGAAAACAAAUACAACUUCCAUAUUUUACUAGUGAUUCUCAUUCUGUUGAACCCUUUGAUUUGGUUCACUCUGAUAUUUGGGGUCCUGCACCUUUUGUGUCAAAAGGUGGAUAUAAAUACUAUGUCAUUUUCAUUGAUGAUCAUUCUCGCUACACUUGGAUUUAUUUCAUGAAACGCCGCUCUGAGCUGAUUUCUAUUUAUAAAACCUUUGCUCGCAUGAUUCACACUCAAUUUUCCACUCAUAUUAAAACCUUUCGUUCUGAUUCUGGUGGUGAAUAUUUAUCUGAUAAUUUUCGCCAGUUUUUGACUUCAGAGGGUACUCUUGCUCAGCUUUCUUGCCCUGGUGCUCAUGCACAGAACGGUGUGGCUGAACGCAAACACCGUCACAUUAUAGAAACUGCUCGCACUUUGUUGAUAUCUUCUUUUGUCCCUUCACACUUUUGGGGUGAAGCAGUUUCUACUGCGGUUUACCUAAUCAAUAGACAACCGUCAUCCAAACUCUCUGGCAAAACACCUGGUGAAGUUCUUUUCGGAACUCCUCCACGAUAUGACCACCUUCGAGUUUUUGGAUGUACGUGUUAUGUCCUAUUAUCACCUCGUGAACGUACUAAAUUGACUGCUCAAUCUGUUGAGUGUGUUUUUCUUGGAUACAGCCCUGAACAUAAAGGUUAUCGGUGUUAUGAUGCAUCUUCUCGUCGCAUGCGUAUUUCUCGAGAUGUGAGCUUUAAUGAAAACCGACCCUUCUUUUACAACUCUUCCACUCAUUCUUCUUUUUAUUCCACAGAGUCUACCUCCUUCAUGAGCCUUCCUCCCAUUUCUGAAACUUCAUCAGUAUCACCACCUACUGUUUCUACCCCAGAUGUUCUUAUUUCCAUCACACCACCUUCCACUUCCACACCAUCUCAGUCUUACGCUUCCAAACCACCUGUCACUCAGACUUACAUUCGUCAUCCUCGCUCUACUCCCACGGCCAGUCCUGAUGAUGACCCUGUUACUGAUACUUGUACUAACAAUGAUGACUCUCAUGUUGUUUUUAAUCAGGGGUAUCAUCUUCGUGACCGUGGCAAUAUUGCAGCUCUAGAACGUUAUGGGUUUCCCCGUGCUGGUGCAGUCAUUGCUGAACCAUCAUCUUAUAAAGAGGCUUUUGGUAUACCUGAGUGGCAGCUUGCUAUGACUGAUGAAUUAAAUGCUCUUCAUCGCACAUGUACAUGGGAUGUUGUUCCGUUACCUGCUGGUGUUGUACCUAUCACGUGCAAAUGGGUCUUCAAGGUUAAAACCAAAUCUGAUGGGUCUAUUGAGCGAUAUAAAGCUCGUCUUGUGGCUAGAGGUUUUCAACAGACUCAGGGUAUUGACUAUGAUGAGACUUUUGCACCUGUGGCCCAUCUGACUACUGUCCGAGCUUUACUUGCUGUUGCAGCCUCAUCUUCUUGGACUAUCUCUCAGAUGGAUGUCAAAAAUGCUUUUCUUCAUGGUGAUCUACAUGAGGUAGUCUAUAUGCAUCCACCUCCUGGGAUAGAGGUUCCAUCAGGGCAUGUAUGUCGUCUCCGUCGAGCCUUGUAUGGUCUCAAACAAGCUCCUCGUGCUUGGUUUGAGAGAUUUGUUUCUGUCAUCAAGGCUUGUGGUUUCUAUUCUAGUGAUCAUGAUCCUGCAUUGUUCAUUCAUGUUUCUUCGCGAGGACGCACGUUGCUAUUACUAUAUGUUGAUGACAUGUUGAUUACAGGAGAUGAUCCAGAACAUAUUGCUCAUGUGAAGGCGUAUCUGAGUAAGGAAUUUCAAAUGUCUGACUUGGGGGCCCUCAGUUAUUUCUUGGGUAUUGAGGUUUUGCAGACUCAAAAUGGUACUUAUCUUUCUCAGGCCAAGUACAUACAAGACCUUCUUGAUCGUUCUGGUCUUACUGAUACUCGCACUGUUGCCACGCCUAUGGAUCUUCACUUAUCUCUUCGUCCGACUGAUGGGACACCGUUAGAGGAUCCAUCUCGAUAUAGACAUCUUGUUGGCAGCUUAGUUUAUCUUACUGUCACUAGGCCAGAUAUUGCUCAUGCGGUUCACAUCUUGAGUCAGUUUGUCUCUGCUCCUACAUCAGUUCAUUAUGGGCACUUACUUCGUGUACUUAGAUAUUUAAGGGGGACAAAAACACAAUGUUUAUUUUAUGACUCAAACUCCCCACUUCAGCUUCAUGCUUACUCUGAUGCUACCUGGGCCAGUGAUCCUACAGAUCGUCGUUCCACCACUGGUUACUGUAUUCUUCUUGGAUCAUCCCCUGUUGCUUGGAAAUCCAAGAAGCAAGCCGCAGUAUCUAGAUCUAGUACUGAAGCAGAACUUCGAGCCCUGGCUACUACUACUGCUGAGAUUAUCUGGAUUCGUUGGCUCUUGGCUGAUCUAGGCGUUUCUUGUGACUCGCCUACACUUCUUCACUGUGACAACACUGGAGCUAUACAAAUUUGUCAUGAUCCAGUGAAGUGUGAACUCACAAAACACAUUGGUGUUGAUGUCUCAUUUACUAGAUCUCAUUGUCAUCAGAAGACCAUUGCUCUUCAAUAUGUGCCCUCAGAAUUACAGCUUGCGGAUUUCUUCACAAAAGCACAAACUAGGGCACAACAUCAGUUUCAUCUAAUCAAACUCAAUGCUUCAAAUCCUCCACUUCCGCCUUGAGUUUGACAGGGGGUGUUAAGGCCCAUUAAGGCCCAUAUUAUUGUCUGCCUAUAUAUAUGCUACAGUACCCACGUGGGUAAUCAUCUCGCCUAAUCAAGGUUAGUCACA